AACAAAAUAACAGUUUAUCGACUUACCGCUCUAUUGGCAAAGGUUCAAGAGGUGUAGCGUCAUAAAAAAAAUCCCCCAUGAGAGCGCCCUCCAGCGGUCAUACGCUCGCCCCACAUCUCCGAGACACCUCGGCGCGGAGCUGCAGAGACAAGACCAAAAGCUCCCCUUUCCCAUGAGAGACAAGGGAUUGGGACUUUUUAAAAGUACUUGAAGUGGCAUUUGGAAAAGUUUUCUGGACUGUGUGUUCUUUUUAGAGUUUGACGUGGGAAGUCAACGCGAACCUGCGCAGAACUUUCUCUUCCUCGCAGCAGCAGCGCCAUCCUUUGUGGACUAUUAUGAGCCGUAGGAGCCUGGUGGUCUUUUUGUCCAUGUGGUUAUACCUCACAGCAGUGAGUGGGACCACAGACUAUGACGGCUACAGCGACUUAGCAGAGGAGGAGGACACUACUCACCUAGACUACGACAACCUACACUGGUGUCACUCUCCUCGUCUGACCAAUGGGGAGGCGACCUGCCACUCCCCCCGAGGCCGAGCUUACCGGACCACUCAAGGCACCCGCUGCAACAUGCGCUGCGACCGAGGGUACCGACUGAUAGGCAGCAGCUCCAUCCAAUGCAUGGCCAACCGUCGCUGGUCUGGGACGUCCUUCUGUCGCAAGAUGCGUUGCCACGUGUUGCCCCUCAUCCCGCAUGGCAGGUACACCUGCACUCAAGGCUUUGUGGUGGACUCCAGAUGCGACUUCACCUGCUACCCCGGUCACCGCAUAGAGGGGGAGCACUCGCGCACCUGUCAGCAUGGGGGGACUUGGAGCGGGGCGCAGCCGGUUUGUUCAGACACGGAACCUCCAAAAAUCAAGUGUCCGCGAUCCAGAAUCAAGUUUGCAGAUCCUGGAAAACUGACUGCCAAGGUGAGCUGGGACGCCCCGGUGGCCACGGACACAGCUGAUAAAGUACUCGAUGUGAUUUUAGUGGGGCAGCAGCCAGGCACUGACUUCAACGAGGGAGCAAACGUCAUCCGCUACAAAGUGUAUGACCAAGCCAGAAACAGAGCUGCCUGCAAGUUUAUUAUCCGGGUUGAGGUGAGGAGAUGCCCCACCCUGCUCCCGCCUUUGCAUGGCUCCCUGGCCUGCUCCUCCGACAUUACUAACUAUGGAGCCACAUGCGAGUACCACUGCGAUGCCGGUUACGAGCGGAGGGGCGUGUCCAGUCGAGUGUGCCAGUUUGACCGCAGCUGGAGUGACGACGCCGCGGAGUGUAUUCCCAUGGAGAUCAAGUCCGACGUGAAAACGGCGUCAGCUCUACUGGCUCAGUUCUUCCAAAAGAGGCGGCUUCUCAUCUUGUCGGCGCCCAACGCGACCGACCCGGACUACGAGCUGCAGAAUGCCAUGAUACAAAAAACAGACUGUGGAUUGGAACUGCGACACGUGACGCUCAUCGAGCUGCUGGGCUCGCCGCCUCAUGAGACGGGCCGCAUCAAGGAAAACAAUCUGACCUCGCAAGUUGUGGAUGAGUUGAGGCAAACAUUCAGAAUCUCCAGGUCUUACUUCAGCAUGGUGCUGGUGGACAAGCUGGGGCUAGAUCGAGAGCGCUUCAUUAUCCCGAUGGCGUCGGAGGAGCUCUUCUCCUACAUUGACAGCUUUGAGCUGGAUGAGGAAGAGCGAGAGAGUCUGGAGCGCCACAGAGACCUCUGUGACUAAUUAAAAGGACAGUGAUGAUCUCAUCAGGUCAUAUGAGGAGGAAAAGGUGGGCAGAACAAGCCAGGAUGGACGCAGGUCAGGAGGAACAUGACAGGAACUUGUGUAGUUUAUGCUAGUAAAGUGCUUUCUGUAUCAUCAGUUGAGAGGCCGCAAUACAAAGUAGAGAACCAUCUUAUCAGUAAUACACUUGUUUUUUUUUUUCUUUUAUUCAAAUGAAAAAUAAAAAGUAAAACUGCCAAAUGUAGAGUGGUCAGAUGACUUAAGGGCUCUCAAGCUGCUGAAAUAAUCAAUAAUGUUCUGUGUUUUGUCAAUAUUUAUUGGCUGAACAGGAUCACCAAGGCAACUUUGAGACACACAAGUUAAAAUGUAAUCUGAAUCAGCAAAACAUGUUUAUAAACAAAUUCUGUGUAAUAUUGGCAAAAAUCAGCGAUGGCUAUAUAAAAGAUGGAAAUAAACACAAUUUACUUUGUGUAUUAUGACAUAGCAAAUUGAACUCAGCUGUACAUGAUUAGAGCUAUUUCUGUGCUGUGGGCUUGUGAACUGCAGAAAUUAAAAACAAAAUAAGUGUCAGUGUUCCGAAAAUCCAGAGUUGAGUAUUUCUUUGGUACAUUUUCAUCAGAAACGUGACAACAUGUGACGUUUGACAACCCCAGUGUCUCCUUACAGCCAAUCAGCUGUGUGUACUGUCAUGUCACGGGAAAGUCACAUUUCUGGUCCCAUCAUGUUGCAAAAAAUAAAUGUAUAAAACACAAUAAAAUUGUUUCAGAUGCGAAUACUUGACCCCCUUGAAAGAUCCAGAUGGAUGUUCAAGAGGGGCGUCCUCAUUUUGUCUUCUUUUUCCUCAUAGUGGCACGCAAGGGGAGACUGCCCUCUGCCCAGGAGUCGGGGUACUGCAUCAUCUUCUGCCACAGACUAACUUCUUCUCCAACUGAAUCCAUCUCCACUUCAUCGUUUCCCAUUUUUAUAGUGCCUGAAGUUCAGACAAGGGCACAGAUGGUUAAAUUGGGAAGCAAAAUAAAUUUUACUGCCACACAAAAGGUUGUAAAUGACUGUUUGAGCUCUUCCUUCGAGGAAGAUUGAUUCUCACAUUUGGUGCUCAUAACAGGCUCUAGAAGCACAUAUUGCUCUUAUAUCAUCAUCUUUAAAAAGUAGUUUUGCAUAAUAGGUUACCUUUAAUGAGUGGCCGCGAGGCCUUCUCUGCUGACCCAAACACUACCAGAAGCACUGACUUACAUUUACAACAUAAAUUCUAGUAUUUGUGCGAUGACUGUUCAUUUUAUUCCCAACAGUCUACUAUUUUCAUUUAGUAGCGUGUCUCUUGGCUGCCCUGCUUCCAGUGCGUGUGUGUAUGUCAUGUGUUGCCAUGUCUAAUACGCCCAGGGCCUUCAGAAUCUGUACUGCUGGCACAAGUCACAACACUAUUAGCAUAGGGGCUGUUCCUUAACCAAUCAGAUUUCAGAUUUGCCUCACAGCAGACGUACAGUAAAGUCACCUUUUUUGUCCUCUGUCUGAAAGUCACACUCUGUGUUAUGCAGUGCGCUUCAAUGCUUCAUCACAUGAACAAUGCAAUGCUUAAUUGAUCCUGUUCUGACAGACAGUAUGAACCAAUACGUGAGUUUCGAGACGAUAAAGGGUUAUCUGUGUUUAUUACUUUAGUAAUCAUGGUAUUAACCCCCAAUUCUGGAAUGCCACACACUGUUGUAUUGCAUUUUUGUAUAUUAUUGAUGGUUUGUGUAAUUGUGACGUGAUAGUGGUGGGUACUAGUAGGUGGAUUAUGUUGCUUUCAAUCCCCACUGAAGUCUCAGGGACAAAAUUCACCACCCGCCACUGCCUUUAAUAUAUUUGUCCAUCAUGAAGUGCCGCCCUGAAGU